UUCGCGGCAGGUUAUCGAGAGCAUUCUCCGAGGUGGCCAUUCAAAGUUAUUAUUGGUUCGACAUAACCAUCCCGUUGCGCACCUGAAUACGACUGUUUUCAACAAUUGUGUCUGAAUGGAAGAGGGUCCCUGUCAAGUUCUGAAUUAACGCCACGGAUAUGUUUCAAAGGAAACACUCACUUUGAGGGCUCCAAAGUUCAAGUGUCCAGUGUCAUGAAAGUGAAUCCACAGCAAGCUCCAUUAUAUGGUAACUGUGUGCUGACGGUGCAGUUGAGUGAUGAGGAGCUGGCUCAGGCCCAAUCCCAGGCCAGGGAUGUGGAGGGGGCGGAGUUCUACCUGCUCUUCUCGGGUAGCAGACAGACACACCUGAGCACCACCCUCAGGACCCCGGAGCAUGGCAGCCUGCAGGCCCUUUGUCCAGCCCAUGACUGCUGCGAGUCUGUGCUGGUCACGCUGUGCGCCACGUCGCCUGGCGGGGGCGCCGUGGAGCAGCUGGGCCAGGCGCGGCUCCAGUUUGUGCAGGACCUGGCGUUCGACAUGGCCCAGUUCCUGGUGAGCACGGUGGGGCGCACCGACGGCCUGGACGGGGUGCUGAUGCUGGACGAGUGCCAGAUCCCGCUGCGGGAGUGCGAGAGGCUCGACCACAACCUGGCGCUCGCGCUCAGACACCUACACCUGCCCGAGGGGUGGAGCCUGCUGGGAGAUCACCUGGCCAAGGACGCAGAUCCAGAGCCCCAGGAGACGCUGUUGCAUUUUGCAUGUCGGCGUGGCCUCCUGCGCGUGGCCUCUUUCCUGCUUCAACAGCGGGGGGCGCUAGAGGCCCUCAGGCUGCCCAACAAGCAGGGCUGCACCCCGACCAGCCUCGCCCACAGCCGUGGACACCAGGGCCUGCUGGAGCUCCUCAACAGGGAGGGAGUGACGGAGCGUGGUAGUUACACGGGCCCUGAGUGCCACUUGUCGUGUGGUGCUGGUGUUCUGGAGCACUCCCCAGUGCUGGGCACCUUCUCCCUGAGCGUGGGCACGGAGCCUGGCACGGCCCUGCCCAGCCUGCAGGAGCACCUGGAGCAGCUGUGCCACCUGAUCCAGCGCCACGCACAGCACAGCGAGGGAGGAGCCUGUGUUCAGGGGCACGAGAGGCUGGAGCCGGAGCAACCAGACCCAGAGCUGGAGAGUGUGUGUGAGAGUGUGUGUGAGUCAGAGAUCGGGCUGGAGUCGCAACCCACUGGCCAGGAAUGCAGCGGAGAGCGUCAGACGUCCGAGUCAGACGAGGCCCGCGAGGAGCCGGAGCAGCGCGACCCGCUCUCCUCCACCCACGAGCAAGACGAUCCUCUCACCACUGACAUCUCCAUAGAAAACACACACUUGCAAACGCACACACACGCCAGCGCCGCCGGGCUGCCAGGGGAACACGCCGCCCCACGUGCAUCAACACCCCCCCUCCUCGUCUGCUCGGAGACCUCGCCCCAGCCUAUCGCAGGCCUCGGCAAUCAGCGGGAUGGGGAGGAGUGUGUUUGGGAAAACACAGAGCAGCGCGAUAGCCACACCGCCGAGCCGCCGGCAGCCACCACAGCAGCGGAGGAGCACGUUGAGCUCGGCGACGAGGAGGAGAAGGAGGAGGACGCCGGAGUAGAGGAGGAGGCUGAGAUAACAGCGCCGGAUAACGCAGACGCUCCUGCAGGGCUCAGCCCAGAACCAGAGACCGGAGCGGAACCCGACGCAGCCCCAGGCGUCAUCUGUCCCACUCAGGGGGGCGUCGAGGGGGGCAGAGAAGAGGACAGGGGGCCCCAGCGAGCGGAGGAGGAGGAGGAGGAGGAGGAGGAACAGCUUCCAGACCAAAAACAUCCAUCUGGCCUUGGCGGAGUUGCCGACGCAGCAGAAGCGAGAGAAACAGCAGAAAGUCCUGAAACAGCUGAAACGGCAGCAGAGGGAACACAGACCGAAGCGGGAGAAGAAACAGCAGGAACAGAAACAACAGCAGCAGCAGCAGCAGCAGCAGCAGCAGCAGACAUGGGCCUCACACAGUCUGCCCAAGAGCCGCAGAGCUCCGACACCGACUUCAGGGAUUGUUCUCAGGACGUGGAGACCGACGCUGACCGAGAGGGCGACGGAGAGGGAGAGGGAGAGGAAUGGGAAGACGAGGCUCAGGAGGAGGCGGAGAGCAGAGAGGAAAACGAGGAGUUUGUGGACGCCAGCUCAACCUCAAUAGAGGGAGAGAAUUCCUUGUUUGUGGAGUGUAGCGACAGCAUGCUCGACGCCACUGUGCACUCCAGUUCUCAGUUUGAGGACCCUGGUCUAGCAAAAUGCCCAGGACACAAGGAACAGAGGUCUGAAGUGGAUGGCACCCAUGAAGAGGCAUGUGGCGAGAAUGAGGUGGAGGUAGAUCAGACUGCAGCAUCUGCCCCACCACUAGAGGACAGUGUUGAGACAGAGACUGAGCUGCCUAGUGAUCAUGUUAGUGAUUCUGCUGAGACUACAUUCAGUGAGGAUGUUGACUCACCUGGGGAACAAACCAAAACGGCUGCCGAUAGCAACUGUGACGGUGACAUCACUUCCCCUGUGUCCGACUCAGGGUGUGAUCUGACUUCCUUUGCCACGGACCCGGAUGUGACGUCACUGGAUGAGACGGCGGAGGGCUCCUCUGACACACACCUGAUAGACAGUACUGAGGCUGACUCCUCAGAGCCCCUCACUGCAUCGGUAGACUCCAAGGAGGACUUGGAUGGCCCAGAGUGCCGAGCGGAGGGCGAAUCAGAGGAAGAAGCAGAGCAUCAGGAUCAGGAAGAUCAUCCGCUGUCUUCAGACGCCCCUGAGAUGACCGAGGCCUCCCAGGAGAGGGAGGCCCACAGCGAUGCCUCCCUGACAUACUCCGAGGAGUCGCGUCCGGCGUCCAGCGAUGACACACUCGAGGGGCUGGACGAGGACUCGUCCACCAUGUCCGAGAGCGAAGUCGGGCAGAAGUUGGACGCCCCCACUGGCCGGCCUAAACGGAUACGCAGGAGACCAGAUGCCCAGGCGUCUGACGCUCCUGUGUGUGCGGACGCUCCACCUGACACGUGCGAUUCUGAGGACGCCUCUCAGCGACCAUCUGACGUGAUGCCCGCAGGAGUAGCAGACUGCGCCGCCUCGGACGCCAUCUCCCUGUCUGACAUCACGCCUGCCCAUGAGGUGGAAUCCGCCCAGUUGAGGAGCGUCCUCACGCCAAGACGCAUUUUACACACACACACUCAUCUGUCUCAGGGGUCUGAGGAAGACCGUGAGGGUGUGGAGACGUCUGCCAUGUGUGUUCCUGAGGAAACACACACCCUAGAGGGACAGGGCGAGCCGGGGGAGGAUGAAACUCCCGAAUCUCCCUGUGAGGCCCCAAGCCCUGGUCAGGUCAGUGAGCAGGUCACUGCAGAGGUCACUGAGGGAGUUGCCGAAGGAGUCACAGAGGAGUUCGCUCCACUGCCCAGCCCCAGAGCAACUCAGUCUCUGGAAGUUCCCAUCACCCUGGAAACAACACAGGAAAUGCAAGAGGAAGUACCUGAGGAAGUGACCAAUGCCGACCAGCAGGACAGUUCCACUGAUGAAGCCCUGCCUUCUGUUGGAAGCCACAUGGAUUCAGAAAGACCGCUGCACACACUCAUGGCAGCAGGGGCUCCGACUCGAUGGGCCUAG